AUGGCGGUCCACCAUCAUCCUGGGACAUUCGCCAAUUCGACCGACCUUGUUGUGGAAGAGCGAAAUGGUAACGACCACCCCGGGUUUAAGAUCUCUGCGUGUUCCUAUCCGACCCUCCAUCGCAAGGAGGCUGGGCGGGCAGCAGGUCACAUAUGGUGGAAAUUCGACUCACUUAACGGUAAUCGAGACAGUGAUGCAUACGUCAUAUUUCGCAAAGUGGCAGAGAUCUCAUGUACUCCCGCAUCAUCCCAGAGAUCAGGGGUUAUGAACUCAGCUAUGAAUUUCUAA